AUGGGUUCUCCUCAUCCGCAUCCUGAGCACUAUCGUCAAGUUCUUGGCUCUCUUCAAUAUCUGACUCUCACCAGGCCUGACAUUGCCUUUUCUGUCAACAAGUUAGCUCAAUUCAUGCACAGUCCUACUGAUAUUCACUGGCAAGCAGUCAAACGUCUCCUUCGCUAUCUUCGUGGAACUGCUUCUCUUGGUCUCACUUUCACCAAACGGACCAGUAUUCUACUUCAGGCCUUUUCUGACAGUGAUUGGGCAGGCUGUCCGGAUGAUCGCCGGUCCACUGGUGGUUAUCUGGUCUACAUGGGUGAUAAUCUCAUUUCCUGGUCCUCUAAGAAGCAACCCACAGUUGCCCGCUCAUCCACUGAAUCUGAAUACAAGGCUAUUGCUAAUGUCACAGCUGAAGUUAUGUGGUUGGGUUCCCUGGUUCAUGAAAUUGGAUUUCCUAACGCUCUACCUGCGAAACUCUGGUGCGACAACAUUGGUGCCGCUUUAUUUGACAAAUAA